AUGGUGACUCUGCCGCCACUCACAGACGUUGAUUAUGUGAAUGGUGUUACUAAUGGUGUUACAACGUUGCUCGUCGUGUACCUGCUGGUGUGUGGCUCGGCGACGCAGCGGCCACCAGCUCCUCCGUCUGCCAGCCCUCCUGCCCCAGUUCCUGUCUUCCCUCCUGCCCCAGUUCCUGUCUUCCCUCCUGCCCCAGUUCCUGUCUUACCUCCUGCCCCAGUUCCUGUCUUCCCUCCUGCCCCAGUUCCUGUCCUCUCCCCUGCCCCAGUUCCUGUAAGAUACCUCAGCCCGGACCAACACAUCUUUAUAAAUGCUGACGAGCGUCAGGGACCUGAUGAGUUCGGCAACUACAACUUCGAGUUCGAGACUGGUGACGGCAUCAGUCGUCAUGAGCAGGGCGCCCCCCAGGGGGAGACUGGCGCCGUGGCGUCUCAGGGAGGAUGGUCGUUUACGUUCCCUGAUGGAACUCCCGCUGACUUCAACUUCGUAGCAGACGAGUACGGCUACCGCGUGGAGUCUGACCUGCUGCCCACGCCCCCGCCCCUCCCCGCCCACGCCAUCGCUCAGAUCGAGAAGGCUCGUCAGGAGGACGCCGCCACAGUCACAUCCCAGCACUACACCGUCAAGCCGCCUUCCGCCACACCGCCGUUCCCCCCGCCUUCCCCGUUCUAUCGUCAGCCUUAACCACUGUGUCUCAGCUGCAUAGUACCUAGCUCUAAUAGAUCCUAGCUGGGUAGUAUCUAGCUCCACCAGAUCCUAACUGCUACAAAAUCUCACAUCCUGCAUGGAAUCCUACAGCUGAAUAAACCCCCGUUGAAUCCAAGCUCCCAAGGACCUAACACAUCCUGAUUAAAUAGGACCAUGACUACUUUACACCCGCUACUGUCUAGGGCGGCUCCUCGAUAGAAAGCAUAACCCUAGGAAGGUAUCUAUUUAUUUAUUAUUAUUUAUUUAUUGGGCACU